AAGUGUCCCCUAGGGAGCUGACUGAUAGGGGUCUGGGGGUUUUGAGUUGAAUCCAGGUUAGAGACACGGAUUUGUGGCGUCAUUAGCGUGGAUGAGACUGCGCAGAGUUGAACGGGAAAAUGGCAAACCAAAGAACAAAUGUAACAGUGCGAUACCAGUGUCGGCUUUACGGUUCUUCUCCCUCCUCAGCUUGGACUGCGGAACAUCUUUCAUUUCACAAGAGGCUCAGGAACUAACAGUGUGCAAACGAGGCUGCGUUCAAGCUGCUGGAGGGCCAGUUCCACCUAAACGCAGUCAAGGACUCCUGGCUUUCCGGCUUCACGUCACUGGAACCUCGGCACUCCCACGGUUAUGAAUCUGGGGCCACCUUCCCGACCUCCCCCGCGGGCUCAACGUCACGACCGCGCUCCCGCUGAUGCUCCGACUACACCCCGCGGGAGGCGCUGCAUUUGACGUCAUCAUCUCGCGCCAUCCCGCCCCUUAGGUGUUCAAGCUCCGCGCGCAGGCCGCACUGCAACCUGGCUGGCAGAUCUCGUGCUGUCCUAGUCGCUGCUUGCUCGGAGCAUGUUUCCAGCCGCCUCCUCUCCGCGGACCCCGGGUCCCGGGUCCCGAAGGGGCCCACUGGUCGGACUCGGGCCCGGCUCCACGCCUAGGACGGCCAGCAGAAAGGGUCUGCCCUUGGGGUCCGCAGUCAGCUCCCCAGUGCUCUUCUCGCCGGUCGGCCGGCGUAGCUCUCUGAGCUCGCGAGGAACACCAACACGAAUGUUCCCACACCACUCCAUAACUGACGCUGUGAACUAUGAUGUGAAAACGUUUGGAUCUUCUCUUCCUGUUAAAGUCAUGGAAGCCCUAACAUUGGCUGAAGUCGAUGAUCAGAUGACUGUUUACAUAGAUGAAGGUGGAUGGGCUUGUCUGGUGUGCAAAGAGAAGCUCAUUGUUUGGAAGAUUGCUCUGUCACCUAUUACUAAGGUAAUGGCUCUUUAGAGAUCUGUAAGGAGGUAGAGGAGAGGAAUACCAAUUGACUUUUAAUUUUUACCCUAAUUUUUACAGUUGAUAGAGGAUAGUAAAUAUGAAACUACUUAGGUAUUAAGGGUUUGCAUUUUCAUAGUGAUGUGAUAUAAUAAGCAUGUGUAUACAUUUGUGUAUUGGG